GUGAUUUGUACAUUUAGAACAUCUGCAAAGUAGGACGUUGUUCAUGUUUGAAUGGGGAAAUAUACCUGCAAAGUGAGUUUGAAAAAGAAGAAAGAAAAUCACUGAAACUGUGAAUCUGUAACAUCUUCAACUGUUUUUGAUAAGAAGAGACACAAGACAGAACAUAACAAGACCAUGGUGAAGUUGGUAGCUGCCCUUUUGGGUGCAGGUUGUUUCCUGCUCACAGUUUCAGGAUUUGGUGAUUUUGAUUUAUCUGAUGCCCUUGGGACAGUUACCAUGCGGCCCAAUCCAGCCACCAAAAGGCCACCAGUGGGUGACAACCCCAGACCUCAUCUAUAUCCUGACCUUCGACCACAUGCAGGUGGCCAUGGAAGUGAUGGUGGGAACUCUAGACCUAAUCUCUCUGAUCUUAAACCACAUGGCGGCUAUGGAAAUGAUGAUUCUGACUUUAAUCUAGGGGAUGCACUUGGCGGUGGCAGCAGCAGCAUUGGAGGAGGAGGAGGAGGAGGAGGAGGAGGUGGCAGCAUUGGUGGUGGCAGUAGCAGUGGUGGUCAUGGCAGCAUUGGCGGUCAUGAUUUUAGUGACUUGGAUCUCAACGAUGGGAAACCUCUACCUCCAGCAGGCGAAAGACCACAUAUUUCAGAUCAAGGGGGAAAUACUGUUGAUUCUAGUUCAGCCGCUCAGAUUACAUCCCCAGUUGUGGCUGUAGUAGUGCUGUUAGCUGUUGGAGCACUAGCUGGCUAUACGUCUUACAAGCAAAAGCGAUACUGUUUUAAACCAAGAGGUGGAGCAGUUGUUUAACCCCUUAAGGAAUUAGGAAAAAAUGACUUCAAGAAGAUCACUGAAGCUGUUUAUGCACUAUAUUAUGUUUAUGUAUAAAUAAUCUCAUUGAGAUUUUGUGCAAUAUGAAACAAUGCACUAUAGUAAAAAUUGAAGAAUGAU